AUGUCCAAAAUUGCCGCGAACAAAGAAAAAAUUUCUCUUAAAGGCUCUGCGAAGCUGAUAGUGGAAUUUUUCGAAUGCGGUAUCAAUAGCAUAUUCUAUCAGAGAAAUCUAUACCCUCCCGAAGACUUUUCGAUGACACAAAAAUAUGGACUUAAUUUUCUUAUAACUAAUGACCAUCGAAUUUCGAUCUAUCUGAAAAAAGUUCUUACCCAAAUUGAAUCAUGGCUGCAGGAAGGUCAAAUAAAAAAAUUAGUUCUUGCAAUUAUCUCACAAGACACUCGAGAGACUUUAGAGCGAUGGGAAUUUGAUGUGCACGUAAAAGACGGAAAAGAGAAUGUAAUCGCAACAAAAGAAAAAAGUGAAAAGGAGGUCAGACAAGAAAUUCAGGCGGUUAUACGACAGAUAGUCAGUAGUGUCACUUUUCUUCCGAUCUAUGAUGAAGCUCGUACAUUUAAUAUUCUCGCGUAUACCGAUAAAGAUGUGGAAGUUCCAAAUGAUUGGGGAGACUCGCAUCCUCACCUAAUCAAGGAGGCGGAGUUAGUUAAAUUGCUUCCCUUCUCAACUAAUCAUCACAAG